AUGAAAGCAGCACAAUAUGACAAGCCGAACCGCAAAGUCGUCAUCAACGAUGUUGCCAUCCCCGAACCAAGCGAAGGCCAAUUCCUCAUCAAAGUCACCGCAGCUUCUCUCUGUCAUUCCGAUCUAAUGGUGGAUCUGAGGCCCGACGACUUCGGUCGACCGAUGACAAUGGGCCACGAAUGCGUCGGCGUGAUAGAGAAGAUCCAUUCCUCCUGCGCGGACAAAGGCUUCAACGUCGGCGACAAGGUCGGCAUGCUGUAUAUUGUGGAUUGUUGCUUUGACUGUGAGGCUUGCACGGCACAUGGAUCGCAAUGCACGAGCCCAAACCCUGGUGGAGCGAAGAUCAAGGGAUUGACCACUGAUGGGUUCUUCUCUGAGUACUCACUUACGGAUUGGGAGAAUGUGAUUCACUUGCCUGAGAGUUUGCCGAUGGAGAAGUCGAGUCCAAUCUUUUGCGCGGGCAUUACAGCGUUCCACUCCGUCGACAAGUGCGAGCUCGAGCCCGGCCAGUGGUUCGCCGUUGUCGGAUGCGGCGGUCUAGGCCAGAUGUCCGUCCGCUACGCCAAAGCAAUGGGCUUGAAAGUCGUCGGCCUGGACGUCAACGACGACAUGCUCGAGAUCGUGAAGAAGAACGGCGCGGACGCCGUCUUCAACACCAAGACCAACGCCAAUUACGCCGAGGAGGUCAAGAAGCUGACCGGCGCCAACGGGUGCCAUGCCGCAGCGGUCUACAGCGCUGCCUCGCCGGCAUACGUGACUGCGCGGAAGAUCCUCAAGGUGAAGGGGCUGCUGAUGGUUAUUGGACUGCCGGACAAGCCUCUCGAGUUCCCGUCGUUUGAGAUAGUGGCCAAUGUCUUCCGGAUCAAGGGCUCGAACACCGGCACGCCGAAGGAGAUGAAGAAGGCUCUCGAUUUCACGGCAAAGCACAAGAUUGUUCCCGAGGUCGAGUUUAGGAAGUUGGAGGAGAUGCCCGCGAUGUGGGAUGAGAUGGAGAGGGGAGUGGCGACCAAGCGGAUGGUCGUGGCCUUCUAG